UUUUUUUUUUAAAUUUUAAAUAAUUAAUAAUAUAUACAUAUUUAAAGUUAAUAAUUUAAUAAUAUUUAGUAUGAAUUAUAUUAAAUAAUAAUUUUGUCAUUUAUAUUACUAAAAAAUGAAUGCUAAUAUGUAACACAUUUUUUUACGAGUGUACAUGCGCGAAAGUUCACCUGCGGCUAUAUUCAGACUCGCCAAGUUACGUCGGUCGUAUUGUAAUGAGCGAUUUAGUGGGCAACUUCAUUUCUAUUAAUUUGCGCGCGCAUUGUAAAAUUUCACUCUCAUCAAUUUUUCAUAACGCACCUAAAGAAGUACCUAUAACUUCAAAAAAAAUUUAUUGUCUAGACAAUACUGGGGCCGUCUGGGGCCAUCUUCUUACCCACGCGACACGUCUUACUUCGUCGUGCUUAAACUGACAAUUAAUUCGGUAACUGAAUUUAGACCAGUGUAAUCAGAAGCUUCUACUUGCUUUUACUUCUGAAAUCAGUCGGCUAAAUUUAGCCAAGUGUAAUAAGCCUUUAACCUAAAUCAUAGAUUAUUUCGUACUUAUUAAUUGACCUAAAAAACCAAUGAAGUAGGAAACCUAAGGUCUAUGUAAAAAACACACUGACUGAGUGACUAGUUAAAGUUAUUUUGUUUGAAGCAAUUGGCAAUAUGUUAAAAAGAUUUAUACCGUUUAAUAAUAACGCUAUUAGCAGACACAUAGUGUGUGUUCCGAAACAUAAACCACCCGAAAAAAAAGAUUUUGACGUUUUGAAAGAGUUCUUAACAAACCAUAACAAAAUUUUAAUUUUGACUGGUGCUGGCAUUUCUACUGAAUCAGGUAUUCCUGACUACAGAUCGGAGGAUGUUGGUCUGUAUGCCCGUAGUAAUCACAAACCUAUACAGUAUCAAGAAUUUGUGAAGUAUCCGAAAGUAAGGCAAAGGUACUGGGCAAGAAAUUAUAUAGGUUGGCCGAGAUUCAGUUGUGUGCAACCGAACGUCACACAUCUCUGUAUUCGAGAACUAGAGAAGAAGGGAAAAGUGACAUCUAUAGUGACACAGAAUGUGGAUAGAUUACACCACAAAGCUGGUUCUGAAAAAGUGAUUGAAUUACAUGGGACAAGCUACUUAGUUCAAUGUCUCAAAUGCCCCUAUGAAAUAGACAGACAUGAACUCCAAGAAAUAUUAACAGAGAAUAAUCCAGAUAUGGAAAGUAGUUUCUCCAUGAUAAGACCGGAUGGCGAUGUUGAAUUGUCGAGGGAACAAGUAGAAAAAUUCCGAGCUCCACUCUGCCCAAAGUGUGAAGGGCCUUUGAAACCAGAUAUAGUGUUUUUUGGUGACAAUGUACCCAAAUAUCGCGUGGAACAAGUCAGAAAAGAAGUGACUAGCAGUGAUGCUGUAUUUGUAAUGGGAUCAAGCCUCACAGUUUAUUCUAGCUAUAGAAUUAUAUUGCAAGCCAGAGAUGAACACAAAAACAUAGCUAUAUUAAAUAUUGGACCUACUAGAGCAGAUGAUAUUGUUAAUAUAAAAGUAUCUACAAAAUGUGGUGAUGUUUUACCUGAAUUAUGUAAAUCUUUAAAUUAAAUGUAAUUAACACAAAAUAAUUAUACAACUCUAACAUUUCUGACAUGAUCAUUUGAACAUGAACAUGCCGUAGUAGCCUUUAGGCCUUGAAAUGUACAUAUUAUGUUAAAAUAGCUAUAAGAAGAGUUAUAAUGUAUAUUUUUUGUAGUUUUGUUGUUUUAUCAAAGAUUAUGAGACAAUAAAAAAAAUAACAUAA